CGCUGUUUAGUGCAAGAAAGAGGCCGUCACUGAUGCCUUAAAACGGUCGCUGCGCAAUUUUGGAAAUCUCUUGGGCAACUGUCUAUAUGACAAGCAGUAUACCAAUGAAAUCGUCAAAAUAAAGGUCCCUCCAGUAUGUCUUCCCAAGUGAUUGAUACUCGUAUGACUCAACAGUACGGUUUUCAGCCCAAAUUCGAGAAGGAAAACCUCCAUCGUAGACCGGAAUUCUCGACUGACAUGAAUAAAGCUGCACCCAGCCCAGCAACGAACAACACAUCCAAGCCUGCCACAUCGGGCAGUACGGCAACGAAAGUUGAUACUACCGCUUCAGCAGUCAAGUCUGAACCAGCGCCCUCCAAACCAAUAUCUUCUAUCCCUCAUCACGUUCGUGAGCAGGUUCGAUUGUCUCUUCAAGAAUCGUCUUCAUCGAGAACUACUCCAAACCCACCCAAACCAAAUAUUUCUGCUACCCAAUCUGACAUAUCGUCCAAUGUUACCACGCCGACAACGGGACCCUCCAACCGAGGAUCUGCAAUCAGACACGCCGCUAUCAUACAUGGACUAAAUACACCUAUUACAACGCCUGCUGCUCUUCAACCGAUUCCUCGCAUACUUCCACCUCAGCAAGCACAAGAUACCCCCAAUCACCGCCAAGUUAUGUUUGCUGAUUCUCCGUUGGCGAACAAAGUGACUGCCGUAGCUAAUACGCUUCCUGCACCGCCAGGCGAAUCUUCGGACGACUUGGGGGCUGGCGAUGAUUCUUUCGCGCUUGGGUCAGAAGAUGAUGCUUUCUUUGCCUCAGUGGACCUAGGCAAUGCUGAUAUGGGAAGGCCCAUUGGCUUCACGGAGGGGCCAGGCAACGGAGGAAAUCAAGAGCGGGGCCAACAUCAUCUCUCGACCUCAGCUUCACAUCAGAAAAACAUCCAAUCUACUCAUCUGAAUCCAGCCUCGUCAUCUUCCUCUGCCACGUCGAGUCCCGCCAUGACGCACAACUCAUCGAAAGUAUUACCGCCACUUCAUCCGCGCAAAGAUGGACAUCGAAACCAAAUUCUUCCUCAUCAAGCGCAGCGGCCUGCUCCCACUUCAAAAGGCUCAGAUACCCCUGAUAGACAAACUCAUCCGGAUGCAAUAUCAAGUAAUACAGCUAGAGACCCAACGAAAGUUGUCGCGACUUCUACUCCUGCUCCACGUCGAAUGGGAGGUUUCUCAUUCCCGCCCGAUUUGGCAAGUUUCGAUCAAAGUCGGAUCAUCGUAUUCUUCUGACCGGUGUUGUAGCUAAAUCGGCAGCCUCAACAACCACAGCAAGGGAUUG